AUGUCGCUCUUACAUUAUCCUGAAAGACGGUCUGGUUUAAGGCUAGUUUCGUUCACACGACUAUUUCAAAACCUGGUCAGGAAUGUAGGGAAAAAAGCCUUUGUCUUGGUGGCACCCGUCCAAAAUCCGGUCAAAGAAAAGUACUUUUUAACAAACAAGUCGGCGAAUUCGUCAGCACAACAGAGCAACUCGUCAGGCUAUGAUUUUCCGUCUCCUCAACAAUCGGCAUCACCUCAGUCGUGUGUAUAUCCUCAGUCAUCGGUAUAUUCUCAGUCAUCGGUAUAUUCUCGGUCACCAGUAUCUCGUCAAUCAUCGGCAUCUCAAUCAUCAUCUUCUCAGCCUCAGUCAUCGGAGUCACAAGCAUCUCGUGAUCAUCGGCAUCUCGUCAUCAUCGGCAUAUCAUCUCUUCAGUCUCCUCACCGGGAUUCGUCCAACAGAGGAGGAAAGUUGGCUCGGAAACAGGCCAAGAAACAACAGCUAGCUGAAAUGAGAAAAUGGAGGGCUUUCGGCACGGUGAAAUUGGUUUUGUAUCCGGCAGUUCCAGGCGACUGCCCGAUGACAACGCUUUCGAAAUGUCCCGACUGGCGAUACUUACAGAGACUUCGUGAAUUCAAUUUUGAUCAUAUGAAAAAAAUCUUCAGCGAAGCUUUGGUCUUUCAAGACGUCCCCUCGGACGUGGGAAUACUACGAAGUCGACGGCUUGAAUGGUCGCCUUCAUACCGCGACAUGGGAGAAGAAUUCGCACCAACCGACAUGCUUACAGGGGAUAUUCAAAGCAACUCUACACCAAGGCACGAGCAAGGGCCAAUACAAUUGGUUCGAGAGUCUGAUUGA